AUGGGUUUGACCUGUGUCACGCUCAAUGUUGAUUCCAUUCUCAUCAGUCGAGGUUUGGGGAAAAACCCGGAUAUAGCCCUUGCCGGAGCUAUAUUCGAAGACUCGGGUUAUUCUAACGACAUUACGUGGGCGGUUAUCGCCCCACUUCUUGCCCCCGAUGGAAAGAUCAGUUACUGGCCUAAGAACCCUGUCCAGACGAUUCAUCGUAAAUAUGGAAAAGCUUUGCAAUUUGCAGAAACAAAGAUCAUGGGUUUGACCCGUGUUACGCUUAAAAUUGAUGCAAUCCCUAUCAGUAGAGGUUUGGCAAAAAACGUCAGUUGCCAAAAGUGCAGCAGCAAAAUACGCGUUGAGUAUACUAGAUUGUUAAUUGUCUAGCAUUUCCUGUUUAAGCAUUUGAUUUUUUUAAUUUUUAUUCUCCUUAUCGUUCUUAAAUAUGAAAUUUAAGUCUUACAA